UCAAAUACAUACAGGAUAUUUGAUGGGAAGAUACCUGACAGAUUGGACCCUGAUAAAGUCUAUAAAUUCCAUUCAUAUCCUAAGAGAGAUCCCAAGGAAUAUGAUCAGCUUAAAAUACACAAUACCCCACAAAUGUACAAUGCCAAGUUCAUAAGAACCAAUGUCAGGUUCAUGAAUGCACCCAUUUCUCACAUGGAGACAGAGAGUACAAUGGCUGAGCAGGUAUGUUCCAUGAAAUGUUAUUCAUAAUUGUAACAAUUCUGCUAUGACCAGUUUAGUUCAGUUAAAUGCUGGAAAAAUAAAAUAUCUUCCAGUUGAGUUACAUUUCAUUCCAUGAUAAUUCAUUUUCUCUCCAUGAGACUUAUAACAGUGUCACUGGUGGCCCAAUACAUCGUAUCACGAUGUGAGCACCCAGGCACCUUACAGAAAGGACAGCACUCAGAGAAAAGAUUACCAGGCCAUUCAGCAAACACACGCCCUGGUCAGACAUGGGAGGAACAACAACAGAGUGCCUGCUUCAGGAAUCAGUGAGCUGUGUGUGUGUGUGUGUGUGUGUGUGUGUGUGCAUGUGCGUGUCUGUGUCUGUGUUUGCGCAAGCACAUUCAUGAUUGUGUGUGUUUGUUAUCCAACUAAGCCUAUAUCUUUUACAUUCACUUGCAUUAGACUAAAAUAAAGGCAUUGAUAUUAUGUCAGGUCAGCACUUGGGGUUGAAGGAGUGUAUAGAUUUGUAUUGCUUAGUUGCAUUUAAAAGGUGAUCAGUGCAACAAUAUUGAACUAUUUAAUUGCAGUGAGUGACAUUUUACUUCAUGGCUUAUGGUUCACAGUUCCCAUACUGAGCCCUAUUGGUAGCCCAAAAGUGUUGCUGGAGCACAUGUCCUUCAUUCACCAAUAUGAUUCAAGGAAAUUACAGCACCAACCAUACCAAGGA